CCCCACUGAAAAACCAAACCACCGCGCGCCGAGCCGAGAGCGCGCGCCCACGCGGGAGCUCAUGGACGCCGUUUGGCAGACUUUCCAAAACUCCUUGGGAGCUGAUGGCUCCCUUACCCGGGCUGAGAUGCAAGGUGCCUUGCUACGCCUUGGCGUUAGCCAGCCAAGUGUGGAGCUGUUGCUGGAUACUGUACCUGCCACGCCUGAUGGAAGGCUGGACUUCCGUGCCUUCCUUCAGAGCCUGGACCAGGUGGAUCCACCGGCCGCGGAGGUGGCUGCGGCUGAGCCGCCGCCACCGGAAGGUGUCUACGACCUCCUAGUGCUGGGCUGCGGCCCCGCUGGCGUGACCGCCGCGCUGGAGGCCGCCAGCCGCGGCCUCCACGUGGCGGUGCUGGAGCCGCUGCGGAAGCCCACGGGGGCGCCCACGGGCGCCUACUCCAAGUGCAUCCGGGAGGCGGUGAUGGACAAAAAGUGGACCUGGCCGGAGAUCCACCAGAUGGUCCAGCAGAUUACCUUGAACGCGAAUCGGAACACCAUGCGGAUGUUGCGCGUGUUCCACGUGGAGGUGCUCCACGGCUCGGCGGAGUUUCUGGACGCCACCACCGUGCAGCUCAACCCCUCCGACGCGAAAGGAGCCGCGGAGCCGCGGCGGCUGUCGGCGAGUGCGGUGGUGGUGGCCACGGGCAGCCGCGCGAACCGGCUGCCGAUGAUCGACUUCGAGCUGCCGGGGGUCUUUGACUCAGAUACCAUCAGCCAGUUGGACUUUAUCCCCAAGUCCAUGGUGGUGCAAGGAGGUGGAAUCAUAGGUUUGGAGUACGCCAAUAUGUUCGCCAAGUUGGGUGCGAAAGUGGUGGUCGUGGAGUUCAUGGAGAAUAUCCUGCAAAUGUUAGACUGUGACCUCAAGGCGGCCUUGCUCACAGAUUUGGCCAGCAACAAGGUGGAGAUCCUCCUGAAGACUGGCAUCACUGGAGUGAAGUCCUUGGACGGUGGAGUGCGAGGGAAACCGUAUCUGGUGGUGGAGACCACCAACGGCAGCUUCCGCUGCGAAGCCUUGCUCUCUGCAGUGGGCCGCUGUGGGUCCACCGAUGGAUUGCAGCUGGAGCGGAUCGGCAUAAAGAUAGGUCGAGGAAAGAUGAUUCAAGUCGACGAGAAUCAGUACACCGGGGUGGGAAAGAUCUAUGCCGUAGGUGAUGUCGCAGGCGGCAACUUGGCGACCAUCGGUCAAGCACAGGCGGUGCGCGCGGUGCGGAAGAUGUUCGGCAGCGGGCAGUACACCCUCCAGGACAAGGCUGUGAAGCCCUACACUGUGUGGACGAUCCCGGAGAUCUCCUGGGCGGGGGUGAACCAACAGGAAGCCGAAGCACAAGGCCUCAACUUUGGUGUGGUCCAGGCCGACUACGGGAAGACAGUGCGCGGCAUCGUCACGGGGGAGUCGGGAUUCCUCAAGUUGAUCUUCGACAAAACCGAUGGCAAAGUGCUGGGCGUGCACAUCUGUGGUGCACAGGCAUCCGAGCUGAUUAAUUUCGGGGCGGACGCUGUGAAUCAUGGCACCACCAUCUUCGACAUUUUGCAGUUCGUCUUCCCAGCCGUGACCUUUCACACGCUCUACGGCUGGGCAGCUGCCGAGGCGAAGAUCAAGUUCUCCGGCGUCAAAAGCCUCAGCGGCGGCGCGGGUUGGAGCCGUCUCCGCAGGACUAUCAUCCGACACUUGGAGCGGACCAACUCGGAGCUCACCUUCGAGGAGGCGGUCUGCCAAGCUUUCUUGGCCUUCGACACAGACAGCAGUGGCUUUUUGGACAAUCAGCAGCUUAAGGAAGCCAUGAAGAGCUUGGGCGUCGACAUGGACGACGAGGCCAUCCAAGAGAUGAUGAACGAGGCCGAUGAGAGUGCGGAUGGGGUGGUCGACUACGGAGAGUUUCUGGCGGCGUGCAAAGUACACGGCUCUGACAAGACGUUGCAGCGCGGCAACACUGGGACGUUGAACCUGCGCCUGCCGAGCAAGGUGAAGCAUCAGACCUAUGACCUGGUGGUCUUAGGUUGCGGCCCCGCGGGCCUCAAGGCAGCUCUGGAAGCCGCCGGCCGUGGACUGCGGGUCGCCUUGAUCGAGCCCAAGGAGCAUUUGACGGCAGCACCCACGGGCGCGCAUUCGAAGUGCAUGCGUGAGUCUGUGAUGGAGAACAAGGUGACCUGGCCGGAGAUCCGCACCUUGAUCGAGCGCGUGGUGCGGGACGCGGAGGCCAACGCCGCGCGGCUUCUGAGGACCUUCCAUGUGUCUGUCCUGCGUGGCUCUGGCAGCUUUGCCGAUGAGUCCACGAUCCGCUUCACCGACGAGGGCGGCAACUCUCAGAUCUUGAAGACCACGGGCACCGUGAUCGCCACAGGGUCCAAGGCGAAUCGCUUGCCGAUGGUGCCCUUUGACCUCCCAGGUGUGUAUGAUUCGGACACGCUGGCGGAGAUCGAUUACAUCCCCAAGAAUAUGGUGAUUCAGGGUGGUGGCAUCAUAGGCUUGGAGUAUGCCAACAUCUUUGCGAAGAUGGGAGCCCAGGUGGUGGUGGUGGAGUUCACGGACAAGGUGCUUCAGAUGGUGGACUGUGAUCUACAAGCUGCCCUUCUUGCAGAGCUGGCGAACAACAAGGUGGAGUUGAAGUUGAAAACUGCCAUCAAGACCAUCAAGAAGGGUGAAGGAGGCACUCGCGGACAUCCAGUGCUCAUCGUGGACCUCUACGACAGCCAGAUCCACUGCGACUGCUUCCUGUCGGCCACCGGCCGCUGCGGACAGGUGGAUGACCUGAACCUGGAGGCCUUAGGAGUGAAGUUGGGUCGUGGAAGGAUGAUCCAGGUGGACGAGAAUCAGCACACGGGCGUGGGCCACAUCUAUGCCGUGGGCGACUGCGCCGGCGGGAACCUGGCGACGGUGGGGCAAGCGCAGGCGGUGCGCGCCGUCAGGAAGCUGUUCGGCAGUGGCAUCUACACGUUGAAGGAUAAGGAGGCCAAGCCUUACAUCGUUUGGACUAUUCCAGAGGUGGCGUGGGUGGGUCUCAAUGAGCAAGAGGCCCAGGCAAAGGACUUGGACUUCGGUGUGGUGCGUGUGGAGUAUCACCGGGCGGUGCGUGGCAUCGUAAGCGGUGAGGAAGGCUUCUUGAAGAUGAUCUAUGAUCGGCCACAGGGACGAGUGUUGGGUGUUCACAUCUGCGGAGUCCAGGCUGGUGAGCUGAUCAACUUCGGAGCCGAUGCCAUCAACAACCAGACCACCAUCUUCGACAUGCUCCAGUUCGUCUUCCCAGCCGUGACGUACCACGUGCUCUACAACGCCGCGGCUGCGGAGGCGAAGCUUCGCAUGGCCGGGGUCAAGGACCUGAGCGCCGCGGCCUCCUGGGCACGGGUGAAGACGGCCAUCCUCAAAAGGCUUGAGGGCACUGCCAUCACCUUCGAAGAGGGCGUGAAGGGCACCAUGCGGAAGUUCGACGCUCGGGGGAAGCUUCGUCUCUACCCGGAGGAGAUGAAGGCGCUCAUGGAGAGCUUGGGGCUUCAACUUUCUCAGGAACAGCUGGAGGCGAUGAUCAAAGAGGCCGACUUGCAGCAGAGGGGCUUCGUGGACUAUCCGGACUUCGUGGCCGUCUGCAACACCUGUGGCAUGGGCCCCGUGAAGAAGUGCUGAGGGCUCCGCACCGGGUCCGCGCGGUGUGCCGCGGUGUGCGCCGCGGUGCGCGGCCGAGGCGGUGCGCCCCGUUGGGUCACCCCGACCAUGUCUCCAGGGAGAGACCAAAGAGGUCGUUGCGGGGGUCCAGUCCAAAGAGGGUUCAAGGAAGUUAGCCCC